GUAGAGGCGCUGUUACGAAAACUAGUACUUUUCCCGGUGAGCUCACCGACGACAGAACCUUGCACUGGAGUAAAUAAGAUAAGCACGGACAGCCUCUCGUCGAUAGCACACCCGAACCCGGUGUCUGCAGCGGUUGAAUGGAGGUGGACCUGAAGCCGGUGGACCCGAAGCCAGAGGGCCAGGAGCUCUGUGUGCGGUGCCACAAGGAGCCUAUCAAGUAUAUGACCUUGCCCUGCCGGCACAAGACCCUGUGCACCCACUGCGCGGCACGCGUGGCGACAGGCGGUAAGUGCAUCACCUGCCACCAGUUCUUCAGUAAGCUCAAGCACAUCCCGGAGCCGGGCGAGGAGCAGGAGGAGGACACUGAGGAGGAGGAGGACGAGGACGGUCGAAAGGGUGCUGACGACGAGGACGAGGACGAGGAGGAGGCGGACGGCCGCACGAACGGCGUGGUGCGGGCCUAAAACAGGCCGCAAUCCAGGGGCUGAGAACCAAAGGAGAGAGGCGGGGUACAGAAGUUGAGUAGGAGAAGUUUCAGGGCGAGACGCCUGCAGGGGCUGGCAGCGUUGGAGCUCUGUGACAACAGCUGCAGGGUACUGAAGGCAUUGGGCAACAGGCAUAGGCGCA